CGCUCUCGUUCUAUUCUCACAGUGACAGUUUGCUUGUCAUGUGCACCGGUUGAUUUGAUUAAUUUGAAAAAGUGUGAUUCGUGGUGUGCUAAGUAAAAAAACAGUGUGAUAAUCGUGUAGCAAUAAGCUGAGAACACUUUGAAAUCACAACUGAUAACGAUCGCUGCAAUUAAAUUGUGUAAAUAAAUAAAGAAAAUAUUGUAACUCCUUCAUUUUCAAAUUCACCGACACACAGCAAGUAGAAAUUUUGGGUGAAGUUUGGUCGAUAAAAUAAUUUCCAAAAAGUGUGCCGAAAAUAGCGGAGCGUGAUAUAAAUCGUAUACAUAAGUAUAUUGAGAAUAUAUAGAAAGUAUAAAGCAACAACCAAGUAUAUAUUAUAAAUUUGUGAAAUUUCGCAACGUUGCUUAAAAAAAUUAGCCGAACCUUAAUUAACAGCCAGGAUCUACAGCAAAAAAAAAAAAAGAAAUUGUGAUAAAGCAAAAGAUUUGGCAUUGUGAAAUCGUAAAAGUGUUUGUAAAUACAAUUUUGAAUGUCUGAGUAAUGAAUUAGCAAAGUGUUUUGAUAAAAAUUAUAUAUCAGUGAUCGGAGGUGACGAAAGACUGUUUGCUAGAAUCUACAAAUAUUUUAAUUCAUAUUUUUGGGUUGUUGUAGCAAUAUGGACCUGUUGUGCACUGAAAAUUUAAGAAAUGAUUAUGACUGUGACGUAUCGUAUGUGCCAACGCAAAUGCGAGCACAUACUUAUACCGAAUCACAGCUACAGCCACACCUGCUACCGCAACCACCGCCACCAGCAACAGCAACCGAACAACCAACAAAGGAAUGUCUAUUAAAGGAGCCACAAACAAAAAUAAUGCCAGGAGCACCUUCACCUUAUUCCAGUUCCAGCUCGUCUUUGUUGUCACCGGGUUCAAGUUCACCAUCAUCCGGUUACAAUUCAGCUACAAGCAACAGUUCGCAUGCAAACCAACCGCAAAUGCUUCAUAAUCGUCAAUAUCAUCGGGAAGAAGAUACGCAAAAGCACCAUCAAUAUGAACAACAGCAAGAGACAAAGCAACACGAAUAUUACGAUGCUGUAUAUCUGAAGUCGGUGCCUAGUCGUGAUUUAGGUUUCGUCAAUAACGCUACCGUGGAUCCGAUAUUUUUAACGGAUCGCUGCUUGGAGAAUGCCCUAAAAGCAGAAGAAAAGCUACCACAACCGGUUUGCACAUAUUUUAAGACAGUGCAGAAAGACAUCACACCGCCUAUGCGCAAAAUAGUUGCAGAAUGGAUGAUGGAGGUAUGCGCCGAAGAAAAGUCCCAAGAGGAGGUGGUACUCUUAGCGCUCAACUAUAUGGAUCGCUUCCUAUCCACAAAAUCGGUAACAAAGACACAUCUGCAAAUAUUGGCGGCCGCCUGCCUGUUGCUGGCUUCGAAAUUGCGCGAGCCCAGUUGUCGGGCGUUAUCUGCCGAACUGUUGGUAUUCUACACCGACAACAGCAUAUACAAAGGCGAUUUAAUUAAAUGGGAACUGUACGUGCUCAGUCGACUCGGCUGGGAUUUGUCCUCCGUUACGCCUUUGGAUUUCCUUGAAUUGUUAUUAAUCCGCCUGCCUAUCAAGAGUAAAGAAUGUCCUGAUCUGAGUCUCGAUAAAGUCAGGCAACAUGCGCAGGCCUUCAUAUGCUUAGCAGCCAAAGAACAUUAUUUCUUUAUGUAUUCGGCCAGUACCAUUGCAGCUGCGAGUAUCGCCGCCGCCCUUAGUGGUUUGAAUUGGUAUUUACGCUCCGGACCAGAGUUUCGUCAUCUAUUGGAUUUAUUAAUCGAUUUGACCAGCAUUGAACCGGGAUGCCUGCUCGAAUGCAUGCAGAAAAUGGAAAUCAUCUUCGAAGAGCACAGUCGGAAUCUGCCGUCGUAUAUAAGCCCGGCGGAGCCGUAUCCUCAGCAGCAGCAGCAACAAUUGUCAGCGGAGCAAUCAAACCAACAGCAGCAACAACAACAUCAUCAGAACCAACAAAAACAGCAACAACAUGUGCAUACAAUGUGAGCGCAACUCGGCAAUAUUGUAAAUUAAAAUAAUUUUCUUUUGCUCAAAUUUUGCAAAAAGGAACGAGGACAAACGAAAUUAGAAGCGCAACCCGCAUUCGGCAUUCGUCGCGUAAUGCCACGCGUUUUCAAAAAGCAAAACUAACUGUGAAACUAAGCAAUUUGAAUGUUGGAACUACUUUUUUUUUGAAUUUCACGUUAUCUCAGGAAUUUAUAUAUAUAUUUUUGGAACUCCGUAUACAAUUUAAAAGCUCUACUUUCCCUGCAAAGUAAAUGCUCGCAUACAUGCGUAAAUAUGUACGUUUACAGAAUUCCAAAUUUUGUUCGUAAAAUGUGUGCUGAAAAUAGAUUAGCUAGAAAUUUGUUAUUCAACUACAUACGAGUUGGUUUCGAGUGUUGCCUACCUUUAGGCGCAUUAGCAUGCGCUGGUCAACCAUUAGGGCGGACGGAGGUGCUUGUACCACUAAAAUACUAUUGUAAACACUAUUUGUUCACUAAGUAAUAAGAAAGCAGUCAGUUGUUGCAGUUUAUAUACACACACAUACAUACAUGUAUGUAUGUUUUUUUUAUUUUUUCUAUUUGCAGAAAAGAAUGAACAUGUAAAAUAUUACUUAUUUAUGCUAUUAUUAUUAUUAUAAUUAUACAUUAUAUGCAUAUACUGCCAACCUACCUAAAAAAAGCACACAACCCCACCCACACACACACACACCCAUAGAUACGCAUAAAGAAAAAUCAAACUCUUGUCAGUUUAUUUACCUACAUUUAUACUUAGUUUUAUAAGUAAGGAAGUAAGUAAGUAAGUUAACCAAAAUUUUCAUAUGGAUUUGAAUGAAUGAUAUUUAGCAUGUAAGCGGAAAUGUACUAAAUGAAUUAGUAUUGCGAAUGAACACAUACACACAUAUACUACACCAACCAACACAAGCACACACACACAAUAGCGUUAAAAUACAUUGGUAUUUUUCAGCAGCAAAUGAAUUGAAAAUUUUGGGUUAUUUUUUUUUUUUGUUUUUGUUUUAAAAAAGACUUCAAGUACAAAUAAAUAGUUAUACACAAAUCGCUAUAGAACCAGUAGUUUCUCUUAAAAUCACCAACUGACAAGCUCUCGAGUCGCAUCAAGCAGCGUGGCUCGCGGAAAUUGUUGUUGCACAAACCGAAAUAGGCAAUAUUGAAAUGCAUAUGUGUUCAAAGCUGAAAUUUGGCAGAGAGUUUCAUCCACUAUAAGCAUUAGUAAGUAGUUUUACAUAUAUUACCGUUAAAUAACUAUAUAUAGUAGCCAUAAGCCAGCUUAGCAAGUUAGUAGGUUAAAGCUUUGUACUAAACUUUUUAAUGUUUUAAAUUUUUUUUCAAUUAUUUUGUAUAAGCCACUUGAAUUUGUAAAAAUAAACAAGGAAACGAAAAUAAUAGACUGAUCAAACACACACACAAAACUAAUAAUGGAGCAAUAUAAAUUUGUAAAUAGUUACAUGCACAUACAUACAUACACACAGAGCAGACGAAAAAAACUGUAAAUUAUAAAUAUUUAUCCUUUAGAAAUGCGCUUACAUACAAGGCUUUAGUUAUACAUACAUACUACUUACAUAUAUACAUACAUAACCUUAAAAGUUAAGGCUAGAAGUUGGCGCACAUAAGUUUAAGGGAAUUACCUUAGUAUAUGUUCCAAACACGUUCUCCUUAAAAUAAUUGGUUUUUAUAUACUAUACUUUGGCUGGAGGCAGAAAAAAGUAUAGGCUCAUUAUGUUUCAAAAAUUCCUUCAAGCUUAUAAUUUAGAAUAUUGAAGAGUUUCGAGUAAAAGUUGCCUAACUACAAGCGUGUAAUACUCUGUACUAGCAAAAUUUAGUCAUAUUCGGUGCCUGACGAAGGUAGUUGUACUUUUCCUUUUGAAAUAUGGUAACUUUAUGCCUAAAAUCCUUUUAUAUUUUAGAAACUGUAUUUAUAAAUGAGACCUGGGGCAUUUGUCCAAAACCAAAAUCGAGUUUAGACAUAUGACGAAACACUCAACACAAAAUCAAAUUGCACUCAAGAUAUAUAAAAAUCUAUGCUCUAAAUCUAGCUGAGUUCUAAAAGUAUGACAAUUUUUUGGUAAAAGUAUAAUUAUUCUUUAGAAGUAUGACAACUCUUUACUCAAAGUUUUUUUUUUGGACUUUAGAAAUUGCCAAAUAUGUUCUCAAAAUCCAUGCUCCUUUAAGAAUACGGGAACUGUUGCUUCAAACUGUAACAGAACUUUAGAAAUAUGGCAACCAUAUGCUCAAAAUGAUCAGAAACAGUAGAAUUUUUCGCUCAAAGUUUAGUUGGCAACUGGUUGCUCAAAAUCUAUUUAGACUAAAAGAAAAAAAAUUACAAUUAUUGGCUCAAAAUCUACUUGUAUUUUGUAAAUAUGGCAACGCUAUGCUCAAAAUUACGGUUAUUAGCUCAAAUAGUGGCUCAAAGUCUAUUUAGACUUAAAAAAAUUACAAUUAUUGGCUCAAAAUCGAAUUGUAUUUUGUAAAUAUGGCAACGCUAUGCUCAAAAUUACAGUUAUUAGCUCAAAUAAUUACUCAAAAUCUAUUUAGACUAAAAGAAUUACAGUUAGUUGCUCAAAAUCGAAUUGCAUUUUGUGAAUAUGGCAACGCUAUGCUCAAAAUUACAGUUAUUAGCUCAAAUAGUUGCUCAAAAUCUAUUUAGACUAAAAAAAAUACAGUUAUUACGAAUUAUAUUUCGGUAAAUAUGGCAACUCUGUGCGCUAAAUUUAGCUGGGUAGUAAAAAUAAUGUAACUAUUUGCUAACUAUAUAAUUCUACUUCAGAAAUAUGGCAACUUUUCGCGAAAUAAUUAAUUGAAAGUUAGAAAUAUGGCAACUCUUUGCAUACAAUACGGUGAUUAUGGAAAAAUAAAUUUCAAAACCGUCUGAUGGUAUGACAUAUAACAGUUCUAAUGAAAGACUUAUUCGAAAAACACUAAAUAUCGUCUAUUUUUGUAUGUCUGCAUAACUUGAAUUUGCCUUCUCCAGCCAAAGUAGUAACAUUUCCAAAUGUGCUAUGAAAAAUACUUCUGUAUAGCAUUACUACUAAGUACGUUUGUAUGUAUUUUAGUACAUAUACUCAUUUACAAUAAUAAUUCAAAACCGAAAGACAACGCACAGGAAGUUUCUAUGCCUCCCUAAUUCCCUUAUCGCCUUGUAAAUGAAGCUACUUCCGACUUAAUUUACGGCAUAAAUUUGUUGCAAUUUUUCUACACAAAUCCAUAUACAUACAUACAUACAUAUAUAGGUUUUUAUUUUUUUUUAACUUAGGCUAACGUAUGGAACUUAUCCUCGCUGGAAAACGAAAGGAAGCGUAAUGCACUCUCAAUUAAUUGCGCCAAUUUUACAUAAUUAUUUUAUUAUUUUUAUUUUAUGGUUUUGCUUUUCAACUGAUAAAUCAAUUUUCUAUGUGACUCUUUGGCCGCAAUUAAAGGGUACAGUUGGUUUCUUGUCUUGCAAAGAUAUUGUGAUUGUGAUUGCACUUACACACGUAUACAUACACCUACAUAUGUACAUACAAUAAAUACAUGCAUAUACGUUUGUAUAUAUGUACAGCUUACGCGCUAUAUACAUUUGUAAGUGUAGUGAGUCUUAUAUACUUCGAUUUAGUAGGGUCGGUAGGUGCUAAAAGUCUAUAUACCCAAAGUACAUAAUAUACAGAGUAGUAGAUAUGUAGCAGCGUAUGUGGAUUUAUGCACAGUUACAUGCAGUGAAGGGGGAAAAUAUGCUUUUAGUUACGCUUUUUUACAUAACAUUAAAUAAACAGUACGAAAAAACAGCAACAAAACGAAAUCAUUAAACCAAUCAGACAUACCUGCACACAUAUGGGCACACAUACAUAAAAGUAUGCUUUGCAACUCACAAACAAUAAAUAAGUACAUAACAGCAGUGACCGGGUAUAAUUAUGCGUGCAUUCGCGAAAAAGCAUGAAUCCGUUAUAUAAGCAUAUAUAAAUGGUAGAUUGGUGUACAGUGGGCUUUGAAAGGAGUAAUUUGUAUUUUGUGGCUGAAAUUUGUUGUAGCAAAUAGCAAGCGAGGAAUUACGCAAAUAUUAAGUAAAAUUUUGAAAUAUGUUUCAACUAAAAAACGCUUUAGCGCACAUGCAAAAUCGAGAACACUGUUGUAAAUAUAUUUAAGUUUAAAAAAAUAUUCAAAAAUAGUUUAAAAUUAUUUUUUAGUUAUCAUAACCUCAAACUACGUUAAUUUUUAUGUAAUUAAUGUAAUUAAGCAGUUGUAAUUCUACUAUAAUUCUAAUUGUAAUGCAUUGUAAUUGUUUGUAGUAGUAGCGUUAGUCGUAUAUACCAUUGUAUAAGUAGCUGAUGUUGGUUUCUAACGUAAAAUUUGUAUUUUUCGCGUUACGAAGAAUUCCGAAACUUCUUUAAUUAUUUGUUAAUUCAUUGAAAUGCAUUUAUUCAUGGUUAAGCGGUAAUAUUUUAUUGUUAAAAAAAAAAAAAAAAAACAAUUAUAUAAAGUUACUAAUUGAAAAAGCAACUGUUGAGAAUUGUAAAAAAAUAAAAUAAAACUUUGAAAAAAAGUUUUACGACAUACUUAUACAUAUCUACAUAUGUACAAGCACACUUCUUCUUCAUAGCUUACUAAUAUUGUGUAUUGUGACGUAAGCGUUUCAAUUUGAUUGUUAAAUUUAACGCUUUAGCAACUGUUGAAUUUGAAAAAUGUAAAAAAAUUAUUUUGUUAUUUUUAGACACACACACCUUUGUCAUUUUAGCGACUCCUCUUUAAGCACUAGACGGUCAAAGUGUGCUCCUUUGACUUCUGGCUGAAAUGUAUAAACAGUUUCCCCCCAUAUCCUCAGCCUUCAACCCUGUUAGUCGUCGUUAAGUACCGUAAUAAAUAAAUGUAAUUAAAAUUAAUAUUGUAAUUUAGCAUUAAACUGCGUUAAUUUAAUAAUUAAGCUAUUAGAUUUACUAUAUUUUAGGUUAAACAAUGUAUAUAUCAAACACUUAAUCGUUAUUUACUUUUAGUUUGUAAAUCACCAACUAAUUACCUUAAUAUAUACAUAUAUAUACCAGUAAUAUGUAGUUUGGUCAGUAAUAUGCAUUUGUUGUUGUAAAAUUGACAGUAGUACGAAAUAGUUGUUGUUGUAGCGGCAUAAUACAAUCCUGAAGCACUUUCGAGGAAUGAUGUCAAGUUGAGAGUCCUUGGUCGGGUAAAAAUCCGUUCCGUUAUUUAGACCCGGUUGUCGUGUCAUGAUCGUGAUUUUUGCAUACGAAGACGAAAUUGUCGUGAAAUGGAAAAAUAAUAUUUUUUCCAUAAAAUUAACGAAAUUACGUUGCAUGAAAAUGUAAAGAAUACAUACAACAACAAAAGAAAAAUAUUUUAUAUUACUUAAAACCAGGAAAAAUAAUAACAACAACAAUAAUUUUGCUUACAAUCUGACAAAAAACUAAACUAUUUACAACAAUUCACGCAUAUGCAACAACAACAACUACAUAUAUAGACAAGGGUAGUCAUAACCGAUACGCGUAUGUUUAUAGUAGUAUAACCGAUAUUUGUGUUUUGUUUUUAGAGUUAUGCGUACUGUGACGUAAAGCUUAUAUGCGCAUAUAUGAAUAUGUAUGUAAUAUGAAUUAAUGUAUGUAUGUAUAUUGAAUAUGUGUAUUUGUAAUUAUUUUAAGUCAGACAAUUAUAACUGUCCUAUCUACUAUAUGUAUGUAUAUGUUUAAUCUAACUACCUAUAUACUUAUGUAUCUUUAACUCGUGUAUUUCUCGCAAUGUCGUUAUUAUCAAAAUAUCUACUACUUGACAUUAUAAAGAAAAAGAAAAGAUUAAGAAAAAAACCAACAAAAACAAAAACAAUUGAAACGCGCAAAAAGAAUUGUCUCUCCCGUGCAUUUGUUUGCAGCAUACAUGUACCGUUAUGUGUAAGUGUGCAAGUGAUGGAUAAAAAAAAUAGUGCAUAAAAAGUGAAUAUUUCCAUUAACAGUUAAUAAAAAAAAAAAACAAAAUCAAAAUAAAAAGAUAAAAAAUAAAAUACAAUAAAAAGAAAAAAAUAAAUAAAACUAAAAAACCGA